UUCUACUUUUCUGCAACUCUGAAAACCCUAAACUAGGGUUUUGGAAGUACUUUAUAAAAUGAUUUUUUCAUAGAGAGAGAGAGAGAGAGAGAGAGAGAGAGAGAGAGAUUGGAAUUGUUUCAAAGAACAGAUUUUCCAAAAGAAAUCCUUUUGGUUGUUUGAGGAUCUUUGAUUGGAAAUUCCUUGAAAAAGCUUUGUUUUUUUAAAAAAAAAAUUAUUAUUAUAAAGAAGAUCCUUUUGGGUUUUUGCUUUUUAUUUUUGGGAACUGGGUGUAGGAAUUUCUCGAUAGAAUUUUUUUUAAAAGCUCUUUCGAGGGAUUUGGGAAUCUGGGUUUUGGAAGGAGAGCUUUCUUUUCUAAAAUCCCAUUUUAGGUUUUUGUGGAAUCUCCGGAGUCUUUUAAAGAAACCCGCUUUUCGGGUUUUGGUAUUAGUCGUAUUGGAGAUGCUUCUCCGAAGCUCUUCGACUCCGAUCCUGAAAUCAUGGUAUCCUCUUACGAAGGACUCGAUGCUGGAAGCCGAUCUGAAUCCUCCGAUUCAGAGGGCCCAAUCGAUCACCCAUCUCCCACCAUCGAUUUCAUUGGCUGCGUCAACGAAAUCUCCAUCUCCCUGUGAGGAAUCUGCUCUGAUUCCGUCGAAGAAGUUGACAAGAACGUUAUCAGAAACUGAGCUUCGAGACCUCUCAUUGCCGCCUGUGGCCCCAAAGCGGAAGCCAAUUCUUAAAAGUCUGAACAGGUCGUCAUCAAUUUCAUUGGAGGAAGGAAAAGAAGAGCUGGGAUCUGAUUCAAGCUCGGUGUUGCUUGACCAGCUGUUCUCGAGCUUGGGUUUGGAUGAAUCGGUUGUGGGUAUUAAAGAUUGUUGCGUUGUGGAUGAUGGGGUGAAGGAAACGGCACCUCCAGCUCUGUUUCCAGGUGGUGGGUUUGGAGCUGUUGGUGGUGGUGGAAUUUGUGGAGGAAGAGGAGGAGGUGGUGGUGGUGGUGGAGAUGGAGAUGGUGGGUCCGGCUUUUCAGAUUCGAACAGUGGGAAUGACAGCACUGAUGUGCACUAUCAGAAGAUGAUUGAAGCAAAUCCAGGAAACGGGCUUCUUCUUGCAAACUAUGCAAGGUUUCUAAAAGAGGUCCGCGGUGAUCUUUUUAAAGCUGAAGAGUACUGUGGGCGUGCCAUUUUAGCAAAUCCGGGAGAUGGAGAUGUUCUAUCCCUCUAUGCUGAGCUGAUAUGGCAGACACAUAAAGACAGCCACCGGGCUAAGAGUUACUUUGAUCAAGCUAUUCAAGCUGCCCCAGAUAAUUGCUAUGUGUUGGCCUCAAAUGCUCAAUUUCUCUGGGACGCCGAGGAAGAAGAGGAAGAUAAAGGAAACAAUGCCCCCUCCUCAUUCUUCCAAGGAGCAGCUCCUCACAUUCCUCUUGCUGCGGCUUCUUGAAUCUCUCUCUCUCUCUCUCUCUCUCUCUCUCCUGUAAAUUCUGAGGGGCGGGUGGUGUUGCAAAAUCUGACUAGUAAUUUCCUUACAUGGGGUGUGGGUGGUGUCAGAGCAUUGACUGGUGGUGUCUUUUUCUUGUUCAAAAAUAAUAUAUCUAUUGUUUUAGCCUUCCAAUAUUUGUAUCUGUAAUAUAUAUAUAUAUAUAUGAUGAGGCUGGCU